CGCGCGACAAAAUACCAUAAAGCUCUCCCUCUCCGCGUGGGCUAACGUCGCAUGUUACACACACAUCAGUCAUGACUGCUGUCGGCUUCUGUGGAGAGUGGUUUAUCUUCACUUGCGACAAGAAACUCGUAGCAAUUCACACCAAACAGGCCAGAGAACCGUUUGUGUUUGACUGCAGCACUGCUGAGAAGAAGCCAACAAAUACGAAGGAUGAUAACAGUGAUGGCGGUGCCACAGAGGAAACAGGAAGUGACAAAGUCCUUGCCUUCACCGUGUCUCCAUCUGGAAAGCUGGUGGCGCUGACUGAUGACAGCAAGAGACUGGUCCUGUUUCGUUGUGAGCCUUCCUGGCAGUGUAUCAGCAUCAGGUGGGUGGUGAGGAGGUGCUCCUCCCUGAUGUUUAGCCAGGCCGAGGACAAGCUGCUGGUGGCUGACAAAUCAGGAGACGUGUACUGCUUCUCAGUGUUGGAACCGCAGAGGGAGGGCGAGCUGAAGAUGGGCCACCUGUCCAUGUUGCUAGCUGUAACCAUGUCGCCGGACGACAAGUACAUCAUCACAGCUGACCGUGAUGAGAAGAUUAGAGUGAGCCACCUCAGGUCUCCAUACAACAUCCAGUCCUUCUGCUUGGGACAUCAACAGUUUGUCAGUGCUCUGCUGGUCCCAUCAGGCCAUCCACACUGGCUGCUGUCUGGAUCAGGGGAUGGGACCAUUAAGCUGUGGGAGUAUGAGUCCGGCCAUAAGCUGCAGAGCUGGGACCUCAAAGAGCUUGAAGAGCCACCGAGCUCUGAGGCUGACAAACAGAAGAAGCCAACUGUGUGCCGUAUCACCAGCUCUACUGAUGCUCGCCAUGUAGCUGUGCAGUGUGAAAGAGUGUCCACAGUUCAGUUUUUCACUCUGGACCAAGAGGGUGAAGAAAAGCUCGUGCCACACAGCAGGCUCUCCCUGCCCCACUGUCCCCUGGACAUGACCUUUGACCUGGAAGACCAGCUGUGGGUGCUUAUGGACUCCAGUGAUGUACCGCUCCAAAUCUACACACACAGACAAGACUCCUGGGAGUGUGAUGCUGAGAGCCCUGAACUGAACAGAGUGACUGAAGCCUUCAAGCCACAUUGGGAGACACUUGAGGCCUCCACAAGGUCCAACAACCGCUUUGAGCAUCUGUACAAGGUGAGCUUUGACAACGUGACAGCAUACCUGCAGAAGAAGCAGCAGAGACUGGAGGAGCAGCAGCUGAAGAGGACGACGGCCCAAAGAGCAAACGGCAACAAGAAGGCCAAGAAAGAGACGUCAGAAGCUGUAGCUCAGUCAUCUACCUAAACGGACACUUUGAGAAGAGCGAUCUUAUUUCCUUUAUGUUUGAUUCUUUGAAUGGCGAAUCUGAGUUGAAUGUGCGCAUUUGAUGAAGCACGUGGAGAGUGUGGGCUUUGCCACAUGGCCUGUGUAGAUGGAUUUUUGUGUUUGGCUCAAAUUUUGGCAGAUUUUUAAAAAUAAACUUUGCAACUAACAUUAAA